GUACAAAAUGACUUUAACCUUACACAUGUCUUAUCUUACGGAGAUUUCAUUCCUGUCUGCUAAUUGCACCAGGACUUCUUUUGACAGUGAUACUAUCAAAGUAGACAGUCAUCAUGAAAAAAGAUUUAUCAGCAUCAUUACUAGUCGUGACCUAUUUCAUUUUAGGUGUAGGCGCAUUCGUAUCAACACAAGAAACUAUUAGAUGCCUUCGUUGUGACCAUGCAAGCUCCGAUGAUGAAUGCGGUACUAUUACUUGCGACAAGCUUGAGGAAUGCUACACGGAUGAAGUUAUCACAGAUCAGUUAACAAUUGUCUAUAAUGCAGGCUGCAGAGCAAAACAACGUCCGAGAGCUAUUUAUAACGCGCCUGUGACGUUCGUUUCCAAAAAUAAAAGAUCGGGGUUUUACUUAUUACAUAUAGAGAGUAGACCGACAUCGUCGGAACCAACGCCUCAAACAGACCUCAUAAUAGAACCCAGUGCUACAGCUGUGAUCAUAGAAGUUCGGAGCAAUCUGAUAUAUCAGAUCCUAGGUCGUGUACAACAUUUGAUUGGUGUCAACCUAAUGAGGGCCCGUGUCCACGACUUCCUGAAGAGAAAGGGUACUGAGCGCCUUGAUUGGCCAGCUCUUUCACCUGACGUUAUUCCAACAGAGCGUAUGUGGAAUGAGUUAAAGGUAUGUUACGCAACUCAGACCGAUUUUAAUGGGCACAAUACGUUUUUCUACGGUUGUUUAAGCAAAUUGCAAUGUCAGUUUUUAAUGCAAAACGCUUACAACGAUUUCAAAUUGUGUGUUGCAAAUCUAACUCAACCUCCAUCUGGAAUGACGCGUGCUCAAGCCUGUAUCAUGAAAGAAAAAAGUUCCAUUUGUCACGCUUGUUGUGCGGAUGAAAGGUGUAACUAUGGUAGCUGUGAAAGUAUACUUGAAAGGAUCUUUGUGUUAGCCCUGGAUGGAGCGUUUAAUAUGACAACUCUGAAGACUGGGACUGCACAGCGCCGCCGACGCAAUUGUCUCUGACAAACUUUAUUGAUACAAAAAAUAAAAAUAAUCGAGAUGUUUA